AUGAAAAUUCCUUCUCUCAAGUGUGCACCAUCACCUAAACCUGAAAACAAGUCAAAACGCAGACGCCUUGUUAAGCAAUAUGAUCCAACUCAACCAUUAACAACAGGUCUCGAUUCCUCCAACUCUCCAAAUAGUCCCAUUCCACUAUCUGUGGCUCUUCCAAAUAUUGCUGACCUAGAAUCUCCACAAAAGUCAUCACCAGUUUCUCCUCAUAACUCUAAAUCUAUCUCUCCAAACUCAAAGGAAAUUUCUACACCAUCUCCUGAAACCACACAGUGCAUUGACCUAACUUCUACCUCACCAAUCCUUGCGGAAUCCUCACCACAAACUGUUGUCAUCUCUCAUGCUUCUGUUUCUCUUCAAACUGAAACUCUCUCUAAUGUUGAAAAUCUUUCAACUCUGGAGACCUCUGACACUAACAUGGUGAACAUAUUUGCAUUUGAAAACUGUCUUUCAAGUCCUCCUGCUGAUCACUCUCACCAGCCCCACUCACCAUUAUCUCCACAUACUCAUGCUUCCAAUCCAAACCUGGAUGCUCAGCUGUCCUCUCUCAUAUCCACGAUUGAAGCUGAAUUAUUCACUCCACCUCCUUCAAAUCAACACACUUCAAUUAUCCCCCAUAUAGAAGCAUUCUUCAACAACUCCAUUCAACUACCUGAACAAACUGGUGUUACAGAAACAUAUGUUAUGCCUUCUGUUCCUCAAUCUGAUCCUUAUGCCUUCCAAGCAAACUCUCCAAUUUUUUCCUCCCCAAAGGAAGAAGAUAACAACUCUUUCAAUGUUCAAACACUUCUUGCUCCAAGGUAUGACUCAUCACCUCCAAGAAACACCACUCAUAACUCCAAUACUCUUCCUCAGAAUCCCAUUGUAUCCCUCACAUCCUCAUUCUUUAACAAUUUCCCCAGCAUUGGAAAUCGUCCUCCUGUCUUUCCUAGAUCUACAACCUCAACUGAUCCGGUUAACCCCCAUCAGGACAUUACUCUUCGAUCACUUGCCGCCCUACAAAAGCAAGGCAUGGCUUACCAAAAAUUUUGGGUUGAUUACUUCACUGAACAUGCUUGCCCUCGGUUUCCAGGAAUGCCUCCUCCGGAUCCCUCUCAGAUUCAAUUUCCUAUUCUGCCAUUAUCUUCUGAGGCAACAUGUGAUGAUGAACCAUCUGUUCCUUAG